AUGGCGGAGACUUCCAUUUUCCCUAUUCCUCAGGAUGUUAGGAAAAUGUUCAUAGAGGAGUCUAGGCCAAAAGAAGAGAAGAAAUCUAAAAACAGCGAAUCCUUUCAAGAGUCGAUUUCGCAAUUCAUACAAUUUGUAAGUCACAAUAAAGAAUCAAGUUACGGGAUUUUAAGUAUUUGUGAGAAGUUCAGAUUUCAGCGUCGUAGAUUUUAUGACGUAGUCAACGUUUUAGAAGCGUUAGGUGCCAUAAAUCGGAUAAACACAGAUUCGUUCACAUGGCUUGGUAUGGACAAGAUAAUAACCACAAUAGACCAAAAAAUUAAAGAUAAUUCCAUAGAUGACCCUUCAUCAACAUUAGAUUCGCUAUUCCCCCAAGAAAACAAGAUAACAAUUAGCCGAUUAACCAUUAGAUUCAUAAUGUGCUUUAUUGCACUCAGAAAGCAAUCACUUAGUAUCCAAAUUGUUGCGAAAUUUUUAUCUCGUUCCAAUAAAAGGUUCAAGACGACUCUUUGCAAGCUGUACCAAGUCGUUUACAUACUUAUUAACGUAGGUAUCUUCGAAAAGAGGACUAUUCCUUCAGAAGUUACUCUUGCGGAUGUCUAUUACUCACAUUGGUGCCAAAAUCCAAUUUCAGGGAUUCAACAGCUUGCAAACCUUGAUAAGGAAGCACCAGAAUUCAUAAUUCAAAGGAGGACGGUAUUUUAUACUUAUCUCCCAACCAGAACAAGCACUUAUUUAUCAGAUUCUGAUUAA